CCGCUAGCGGAACACAGGUCAUCAACACAGUGGACAUUUUGUUUAGCCCCUUAGCUAAACAACCCGUUGAAGGUUGUCUCCGGGCGUUGUUAUCCACGUUUCCCCCUCUGUCCCCCGACGGAUAACCGGCUGUCAUCAUGUGGUAUGAAAUCCUGCCGGGCUUCGCCGUCAUGACCGUGUGUCUGAUCAUUCCCGGCAUCGCCACCGCGCAGAUCCACAAGUUCACCAACGGAGGAAAGGAGAAGAGAAUCGCUCGGUAUCCAUGGCAAUGGUAUCUGAUGGAGAGAGACAAGCGAGUGUCAGGGUCGGGAAAGUAUUAUGAGUCCAAGGGACUUGAGAACAUCCACUGAUGACCAGAAGUUUGACAACUACAAGAUUAUACUCAACAUUCAGCUAUAUUUCAGCCGGUUAUAGAUUACAUUUUUCACAACUGAAACGAGUGCUUCUUGGCUCUUCUGUUGAAUUUCAAAAGAUAUGAGAUCUGUGCUCUAAUAAAAUAAAUGUUUUACAUCUGUU